AUGUCGGGGAAAGGAGAAUGCAGCGCAUGGGGUGGGAAAACAGCGUGGGGACGUCGAGAGGAGGAUUGCGAGCCCAUUGUUUCUUUCGUGGAGAUAAUGAGUGAGGAGUUGGCUGAUUCGUUGAAUGAGGAGGAACGGAGAAAAGAACAGGACUAUCUGAACACUGUUGCGCUCAGUGAAUCUGCGCCGGUGUACAGCAAUGACGAGGAGAUGGCAAGGGCAUUGCAGCGUGAGUUUGACCGUGAGUACGAUCUCUCUGUGAGGCUAAAUCAGGAAAAGCAAAAAGGAAAGAGUACCGCCACUAUUACUGUGACACCCGACCGUUAUUGUCCAAAAACCACCCAAGACUCAGACCAGUCGAGUGACGAUGAGGACGUAAGACAGUUUGCUACUGAUCUACUUUAUGCUAAGUUGUCGGAUGACGUGCCUGCACACAGUGGAAGUGUGUAUCGUAAUGCCGGAGGUGAACUCGUCACUAAACACGACGCAAAUGUCUCAGCUAGGCGAAAUGCGGACAAGACAAUGAAUGAUCAAGUGAAUUUGGCAUUUGGCGACAUGCGAAAAGAACAAAUCAACAGUCGUGUUUACAAUUCCUUGAGGAGCUUCUCAAAGACUGAGGCAAAGAGACAUCACAAACUGAAGGACAAGGAAGAGAAGGCCACCAUUGAAACUUCUAUGGAUGCUGUGACUCGUCUCCAUCUGUUCAAAUGGAUUAAUCAGGGUGUGUUCGACAGAGUAGAAGGGAUCAUUGCGACUGGCAAAGAGAGUGCUGUUCUUAACGUUGCCAGUGAUGAAACCGGUGAAAGGUUCGCGGUGAAAGUCUACAAGACCAGUUUAACUGAAUUUAAGAACAGAUCUGAAUAUGUCAAAGAUGAUUUUCGUUUCAAAAAUCCUCGUGGAGUACUGAAAAUCUGGGCUGAGCGAGAAUUUAUGAAUCUUUCAAGAAUGGCAAAGGUAGGUUUGCCGUGCCCAGUGCCAGUGAAGUUAAAGCGUCACUUGUUGGUGAUGUCAUUCAUUGGAGAACAAGGUGAAGCAGCUCCUCGUCUGAAAAACAUCGAUUGGGAUUUCUUCACUACGGAAGAAAGGAAGAAUAUCUUUUUGCAAGUUCAGGAUAUUAUGUGUCGCAUGUACAAAGAAUGUAAGUUAGUGCAUGGGGACUUGAGCGAGUUCAACUUGUUGUUAGCUGCUGGAAAGGUAUUCGUUAUUGAUGUCUCGCAAGCAAUGGAUUUGUCACAUCCGAGAAAUCUCCAUUACCUCAUCAGGGAUAUAGAAAAUGUAUUGGCGUUCUUCCAAAAAUUGGACAUCGUUGAUCUUCCCACCCCUGUGGCGCUGUUUAAUAUGAUAACCGAUCUAAAUAUGAGUGAGGAGGGUUCACUUCUAGUACAGGUGGAACAGUUUUCCGAGGAUAACAGAGCGAAUCACAUCAAUAAGUCGAAGCCGGCUGAUUUUGAAUGGGCCGCAUAUAACAAGGAACGUAAAGAAUUGCGUGGCGAGUCGCCUGCGAGAGACUACAACUGA